ACCCAGCGGAGCUGCAGGCUGCGGUGCCCGAGCAGGGCCGAGAGGCGCCGGGAGUCAGGAUCCCCGGACGACAGACCUUGUUUGAUGAGGCUCCAGAGCGGUUGGUUCACGUAUUUCAUAAGCGACCUAUAUGAAAAUCCGUUCUCAAGAAGACUUGCUCCUCUGUAAUGGAGAAAUACGAAAAAAUUGGAAAGAUUGGAGAAGGCUCCUAUGGGGUAGUGUUCAAGUGCAGAAACAGGGACACGGGUCAGAUCGUGGCCAUCAAGAGGUUUCUGGAAACCGAAGAUGACCCUGUCAUAAAGAAAAUCGCCCUUCGAGAAAUCCGCAUGCUCAAGCAACUCAAGCAUCCUAACCUUGUCAAUCUCCUGGAAGUCUUCCGGAGGAAGCGGAGGCUCCACCUGGUGUUCGAGUACUGCGACCACACGGUGCUUCACGAGCUGGAUAGAUAUCAGAGGGGGGUACCAGAGCCUCUCGUGAAGAACAUAACUUGGCAGACACUACAGGCUGUAAAUUUCUGCCAUAAUCACAAUUGCAUACACAGAGACGUGAAACCGGAAAACAUUCUCAUCACCAAACACUCAGUCAUUAAGCUCUGUGACUUUGGGUUUGCGCGGCUUCUCACUGGACCAGGUGACUACUACACAGACUAUGUGGCCACCCGGUGGUACCGCUCACCUGAGCUGCUAGUGGGAGACACGCAGUAUGGUCCCCCAGUAGAUGUCUGGGCAAUUGGCUGUGUGUUUGCUGAGUUGCUGUCCGGUGUACCUCUGUGGCCAGGAAAAUCCGACGUGGAUCAGCUCUAUCUGAUAAGGAAAACCCUGGGGGAUCUCAUUCCCAGGCACCAGCAAGUAUUUAGCAUGAAUCAAUACUUCAGUGGGGUGAAAAUUCCAGACCCUGAAGACAUGGAAACACUUGAGCUGAAGUUUCCAAACAUCUCCUACUCUGCACUGGGCUUCUUAAAGGGCUGCCUCCACAUGGACCCUGCAGAGAGGCUGACAUGUGAACAGCUGUUGCAGCAUCCGUAUUUUGACAGCAUUCGAGAAGUUGGGGAGUUGACAAGACAACAUGACAAACCAUCAAGGAAGACCCUGAGGCAGAGUAGAAAGCACUUGACUGGGCUGCAGUACCUACCUCAGCUAACAAGCAGCAGUAUCCUUCCAGCUCUGGACAGUAAGAAGUAUCACUGUAGUACCAAGAAAUUCAACUACCAUUUUCCAAAUAUUUAAGGAGCUGGCAGAGUAAUGAAGAACUGAUCAAUAAUUUGAAGAAAAAAAUGUACACAUUUGAUUCCUGUCUUGAACACACAUCAGGAGAAAACACAAACAGGAAGCUGGAGGUCAUUGCCAGAAAAUGAAGAGAAAUUCCAGAUCCAGACUUCCAAGCUUGGUGGAGAUAUCCAAGAAGAAAGCAAAAGCUUGGGGUUUCCCUGAGUUUGUUUAUCUAAGCAGCAGCACUGAUGGACAGAAUAUAAACUGGACCACUGCCCGCAGCCGCAACAUUAGAUAUGUCAAAGACCUAUGCUUCAGUUUGCUCUCUGCCACACGCACAAAGUGGAUCAAGAAAUGUCCAUAUACAUUUCUUUCAAUGUGUUGCCUUGAGUCCUAUCUCCUGUGGUAUUUGCAAAUCAUAUUUAAGUAUGAUUUUAGUCCCUGAAAUCAAAAUGUUUGGGAUUC